GUUGUUGAUAUUCACCUGAGUCGAGAGUUCCGUUGGCCGAUUCUGCGUUCUUGUCGUCGUUCCGCGCUGUAAUCUGUGCUGCAAUCUCGAGUAUGCCCCUAAAGCAAGCGUUAAUCAAUAAAUCAAUCGCAAGAGUCAUCGUCUCUCCUCCUGCCGUCACACUCGCCGAGUCCACCGCCGUUCUACGACGACUGCAGUCUUUCGGUCCUGUCACUUCCUUCACACUCCGCGAAUCGACCAGGAAACGUACGAAACCCUCUCAGAGCAACGUCGAGCAGCAAAUGAUCGAUGUCGUCUUUUCGAACAAUGGCACUGCUCAAAUAGCCUGCGAUGCGAGUCCCUUCGUCGUCAAAAUCAACCAUGAUCUCCCUGAUCCUAGAGUUGAAGACCCGUUCAAUCUGCGAGGCCUACAAUCAAGAGAACAACCUCGACCAACAACCAUGACGUGCCUAGUCGAAGCACGAAAUGAGCAGCUGCAAUCUGGACAGAACACCCUCUCCAAUGGAUUUUCUCCGAGUAUCAAGACUAGGUUACAUCAAAGUCUAUUCGAAGGAGAGCCGCCACCGAGCAUUGCAGAAGGCGUUGCUGAAGGCCUCGGGGUCUUGCACUCGAAUCAAUCAGACAUACUCAGUACCGCGCACCUCGUUGAACAACCUCCUGAUCUCAUGGCUAUGUACAGGGAGUCUCGUGGAAUUAAAAUGCAUCGGGAGGAUGAAAACAAGGAUCCGCGGCCCUCGACUCCGGUGCGCGUUGGUGGAUCAAAGACCUUAGAGUGA